AAUAAACAAGGCUGCGCGUUUUGGGGCAGCUCCGAUGGUUUCCCGGUGUCCCUGUGACUCAUCCCUGGAAGGGGUCAUCCUGGAACACACCCCUCUAGUGAUGUGAUCGUGGUACAGUCCAAAGAGUUUCAGGUUAAGAAGCGGAGGGGAUCCUUGUUUGCAGGAGAGAUUUGAGGAGUUUGAUGUGCCUCAGAGCAGCGGCUGGCCUCAGCCAGGUAACUCAAGGAAGGAGAUAUACAUCCCUAACCAGUGGUAGGACGGAAGAGAAGAGAAAUUGAUGUACAAGAGUGUUCCAAGCAACAGAGGGAUAUGUCUUCAUCAGUGCAACUCUUCAAAGAUCAGAAGUACCAGGAGCUUAAAGGGCAGUGUAUCGAACAGAGACGGCUCUUUGAAGAUCCUGAGUUUCCAGCGUCAGAUGAGUCCCUUUUCUAUACGAGGGCCCCACCAAGGAGAGUUGAGUGGAAGCGCCCAAAGGAGCUCUGUGAAGAUCCUCACCUGUUUGUGAAUGGAAUCAGUUCCCAUGACUUGCACCAAGGCAUCCUGGGCAACUGCUGGUUUGUGGCUGCGUGCUCCUGCUUGGCUCUGCAGGAGACCCUCUGGCAGAAGGUGAUUCCAGACUUUAAAGAACAAGAAUGGGACCCUAAAAAACCGGAGAAAUAUGCUGGGAUUUUCCAUUUCCGGUUCUGGUGUUUUGGAGAAUGGACAGAGGUGGUUGUUGAUGAUCUGCUGCCAACAAUGGAUGGGAAGUUGAUCUAUUGCCAUUCCAAUGUGAAAAAUGAAUUCUGGAGCGCACUGUUGGAGAAAGCUUAUGCAAAGCUGGCUGGAUCUUAUGAAGCUCUAGAUGGAGGCAGCGCUGCAGAUGCAAUUGUGGAUUUCACUGGAGCAGUGGCGGAAUCUGUUGAUCUGAUACAAGGCAAAUACAGAGAGAUUAUUUCUGAACAGAUAAAGCUGUUUGAAGACUUGCUGAAAGUGCAUACGAGAGGCGGGUUGAUCAGCUGUUCCAUCACGGCUUCCAAUGGCAGUGCCAAUGAGAUGGAGACAGAGAUGGGUCUCGUCAUCGGUCAUGCCUACUCAGUGACUGCAAUUCGGAAAGUGCGCCUUGGAGAAAGACUCAUACUCUCUUUUAAGGCAGAAAAGCUCUUCAUGAUCAGACUGAGGAAUCCCUGGGGAAAGAGGGAGUGGAACGGUGCCUGGAGCGACAAUUCUGAAGAGUGGAAGAAAGUCAGUAAUUCAGAACGUAAAAGGUUGGGACUCACUGUUGAGAAUGAUGGAGAGUUCUGGAUGACAUUUGAGGAUUGGUGUAAAAAUUUCACUGAUGUGGAUAUCUGCCGGAUAGUGAAUACCUCCUACUUCAGUAUCCACAAGACCUGGGAGAAGAAAAUGAUGCAUGGGGCUUGGACAAAGAAUUCAGAGCCCCUUCUAAAUCGCUCUGGUGGAUGCUUCGAUAACAGAGACACCUUCCUGCAAAACCCCCAGUACAUCUUUGAUGUUAAGAAGACCGAGGACAAAGUGUUGGUCUCGUUACAACAGGAGGAUCGACGCAGGUACAAGAAAGAGGGGAGAGGAGAGAGCAUCCCCAUUGGCUUUGAAAUAUUCAAGGUGGAGGAUAACAGAAGCUAUCGGCUACACAAGCUGACUGUGCAGGAGAGAGUGGCCACAUCUAUGUACAUCAAUACCCGCACUGUGUUCUUGAAGAGGGUCCUUAAGCAAGGCCGCUACGUCCUUAUCCCAACUACGUACCAUCCUGGCAUCAUUACAAAGUUUAUCCUGAGACUCUUCACAGAUGUGCCAUCAAAACUCAGAGAGCUGAAGGCAGAUAAGCCCAAAAUGACAUGUUGGAGUCUUCUUUGUGGCUAUCCACGUAGAGUCACCCAAAUCAAAAUUCACUCUGCAGAGGGCUUACAGAAGCAAGACAGAUCAGGUGGAGCAGAUCCCUAUGUGCUUAUCAAGUGUGAGAACCAAAAAGUGCGCUCCACGGUUCAACAAGAUACUACCAGCGCUGUCUUCGACACACAAGCGAUUUUCUACCGAAAGAACAUCGACAGUCCCAUCAUUGUCCAGGUGUGGAACAGCAAUGUCUUGUGUGACCAGUUCCUCGGACAGGCGCUGCUGGCAGCUUCACCCGGUGACCCCAGAGAACAGCAGACUCUGCAGCUCCGAGGGAGAGGCAGCCGAGAAGCAGCCGAGGUGCCAGGUCGCAUCACUGUCAAGGUUUUUUCCAGCGAUGACCUCGUGGAGCUAUGAAUACCAGAGCCCCGCAGAGCCAGACAGAACUGUCACCUCGCAGCAGGGGGGCUUGUCUGUGCUUUCUGUGUGAAUGACUCGGGAGCAAAGGUUGCACAUAAUCGUAAUCGCUUUAAAAAACUAACUCUCCAUAUUAUCAUGGAUAAUGGGAAGAGAGGUUUUUAAGGGGGGGGACAAAUAUAUAUGUGUAUAUAUAUACACACAGAUAUAAACGCACACACACAUAGAUAGAGAUAGAUAUAUAUAUAUAUACACACACACACACUUGAUGCAGCAAGCACAGUAGAAGAUGGGCCAAACUAAACGUCAGCAGCCAAGUUCGUUAAAACAUGACCAUCUUGCAUAGAUAGCUCUCAACAGAAGCUGGACACGCGCGUGACUGUUCUCGCAGGUUCCCCGCACACGGCUAUCGUUUCUCAGCAGCAGGAGUGGAGGCAGGCAGGAUGGGUGCAUCUCCAGGGUGACAGACCAGCAGGUUGGUGGGGUGGAGGGCACACAGUGGACUUGGGUGGCUCAGUCCUUGUCCACUGCCGGACUGCACCUAUGAGAGGGAUUUCUUUGAGCUUUGAUAUGAAUUCUUCUUCCAUAUAUUGCUAUAACCAUUUUGAUGAAUGUCACUGUUGCUGCUGCAGAUUAGACUUUUUUGUGCCUAGCUAAAAUGUCAUUACCUGAGUAGUUCAGUAAUUCGUAAUCAUAAGACCAGGUAUGCCAUGGCAACGUUAAAAGAGAGGGGCAGCUCUUGUACUCCCUGUUAGAACACGACAGCCAGUGAGAGCUUUGCCAACGUUAACCGCUCUCAGAUUAACUUUCAGAUUAUGUUAUUGCCCACCCCAAGCUGGUGACUCACAAAUUGGUGUCUCUGGCCAGGAAAAGGGCACCUCACAAUUCAUCUGUGGCUUUGCUGAGAAGACAGACUCAGUGAUGGGACACCCCCCCCCCUGCCCAAGGAAGCUUUCUUUAAACCACUUGGUGCUCAAAUGGAGUAACAGUCACUUGGCCUUAUUAGAUGUGGUGGGUAGCACCAGACUGAAAGAGGACACAAACGCCACAUGGUAGGGACGGGUUCGUAAAACAAAGGUGCUGUGCCUUGCCUUACGUUAGGUUUUCUGUCUGCAAGUUUUGCAUCAGUUUAUAGCUGAUUGAUAGAGCUGAAGUGUUCGAUAAGGUUUAACUUGGGUGUGAUGAAGGCAGGCAUUGUUUCAGACUUCCUGCAGGGCAGGGGUCAGGUACAAACUUCCUUCUAACCUUUGCACAUAGCCCAGUGGUAGGGUUUCCUCGUAGCAGACGUUUCUGUGUUGUCAAGGUGUAGUGAUUCUGGUAGUGUGAGAGGCUCACAGUGUUAGAGCCCUCAGAAGUGGCAUUUUCUGUAGUUGCAAAUUCUGAUUUUUGAGUGCGAAGCUAGGAGCUGACCGUUUUGCCUUUCAUUCAACCAGAAAAUUUGGCUUUCUUUGUACCUGGUCACCACUUCAGCCAUUUUGUGCAUGUUUUAUAGUUUAUAAAAUGCCCCUCAGUAGAAUUAACGUUUUCACAAAGGGUUUUGAAGUUUUCUUAGGGCUCCAAAAACAUCACUGCUGAGGGAGAAAAAUGAUUCCUGACAUCUGGAGGCUGGAACGCGAGGCUGUGCACGAUACUGUACUGCCACCGGGUUAGCUGUGUGUGCCGAGGGCUUACAUCCGGCUCUCUCGGGAGGGAGCUUGGGCUUGAGCCAUUUCUGCACGCGGAGCGUUUGUCAGAUGUGACCGGCACACCGUUGGCAGCCCCACAGGCAAGUGGAAUUUUGUUCUCUGAAAACUCAUAGCACCCGAGCUGCUCGCUCGCAGAUAUGAUUGUAAAGUGCAUUUAAAAAAAAAAAAAGCCUCAGGUUUCCCAUACAGUCCGGAGAGCCUGAGCAAGCCACGCAGGGACCCGCCGAGGCCACCUUAUCCCAGCGAGUGCCCGGCUUGUCGGCCGCGCUGCU